UCCUCUGCAGCCGGCUUCUUUCCUCCCCUCCCUCCUCCUCUUCCUCUAUGUUUUUUUCUCUCUCUUCCUCCUAUUUAUGAAAACGUCACUUCAAGUCCCUCCCUGUUUGAAUCUCAUUAGUUUCUUGUGUGUUUCUCCCUGUCAAUAAUCCCGAAUCCAGACUCUCUCUAUUUCCAUCCCUCUCUAUCUGUCAAUCAGCGCCGCCUUUGAACUGAAAACCACUCCGACCAACUUCAACUCACUCAAUCCGAGCGGCUCGGCUUCCUUCUCCGGCUUUCCCCCUUUUUUACUGCCAACAUUUUUCCUCCACUUCUUUUUAAUAUACUUUUUUUACACCAACAGCCAGCGCUUUUUAUUUUUAUUUUGGAAAAAAGUGGGGGGAAAAAUUAGAAGAGACCCCCCUGCUUUUUUUAAAAAACACUUAAACUCGGACUUUUCGAGAUCAAGGCUUUGAAAGUUUUUUUUUUUUUUUGGUCACCCCCCGAAUCAAGAGAAGUUUUUUUUUUCCGGGUUCGGGGGAAAACAUGCCGCAGCUCAACGGCGGUGGAGGGGACGAUCUGGGUGCGAACGAUGAAAUGAUUUCCUUCAAAGACGAAGGGGAGCAGGAGGAGAAGAUCUCCGAGAACUCCUCGGCAGAAAGGGAUUUAGCGGACGUCAAGUCUUCGCUCGUAAACGAGUCGGAAACGAACCAGAACAGCUCGUCGGAUUCGGAGGCGGAAAGACGGCCUCCGCCUAGAUCUGAAACUUUCAGAGACAAAACAAGAGAAAGUUUAGAAGAGGCUGCGAAAAGGCAAGAUGGAGGGCUGUUCAAGAGCCCACCGUACCCGGGCUAUCCGUUUAUAAUGAUUCCCGAUCUCACAAGCCCCUACCUCCCCAAUGGAUCCCUUUCUCCGACAGCACGCACAUACCUACAGAUGAAAUGGCCCCUUCUAGAUGUUCAACCAGGAGGUCUUCAAAGUAGACAAGCACUUAAAGAUGCCAGGUCCCCGUCACCGGCACACAUCGUUUCUAAUAAGGUUCCAGUGGUACAGCACCCGCACCAUGUGCACCCUCUCACACCUCUGAUCACCUACAGCAAUGAGCACUUCACACCAGGAAACCCACCACCUCACCUACAGACAGACGUGGAUCCCAAAACAGGAAUUCCGAGGCCUCCGCAUCCUCCAGACAUAUCUCCUUAUUACCCUUUGUCACCUGGCACUGUUGGCCAGAUCCCCCAUCCGCUAGGAUGGUUAGUACCACAGCAAGGUCAACCUGUUUAUCCAAUCACAACAGGGGGUUUUAGACACCCCUACCCAACUGCGCUCACUGUCAACGCAUCCAUGUCAAGUCUUCUGUCCUCAAGGUUCCCCCCACACAUGGUGCCCCCCCACCACAGUUUGCACACCACGGGCAUCCCUCACCCGGCCAUCGUCACACCCAACGUCAAGCAGGAAUCCUCCCACAGCGACAUCAGCUCUCUCAACAGCUCGAAACAGACAGAUGCUAAAAAGGAAGAGGAGAAAAAGAAGCAGGUCCACAUAAAGAAGCCUCUGAACGCCUUCAUGCUCUACAUGAAGGAGAUGAGGGCCAAGGUGGUGGCCGAGUGCACGCUGAAAGAGAGCGCCGCCAUCAACCAGAUCCUGGGGCGGAGGUGGCACGCCCUAUCGCGAGAGGAGCAGGCCAAGUACUACGAGCUGGCCAGGAAAGAACGACAGCUCCACAUGCAGCUGUACCCUGGCUGGUCAGCACGAGACAACUAUGCGGCUAACCAACAGGGGAAAAGGAAGAAGAGAAAAAGGGAAAAGCAGCAAGCAGAGAGCAAUGAACACAGAGAAUAUUUUCCAAACCCUUGCCUUUCACUCCCUCCGAUUACAGACCUGAGCGCUCCUAAGAAGUGUCGAGCGCGCUUUGGGCUCGACCAACAGAAUAACUGGUGUGGCCCGUGCAGGAGGAAAAAAAAGUGCAUUCGCUACAUCCAAGGUGAAGGCAGCUGUGCCAGUCCUCCCUCUACGGACGGAAGCUUACUAGACUCCCCCCCAUCCUCUCCCUCCUCCGUCGCUCCCUCCCCAUCCUCGAAAGAGUCCAAACCUCAGACUGAACAAAUGCAACCUCUCUCACUGACUAUGAAACCGGCCCACCAGCCACUCCACCACCCGCACCUCCUGGCUGGGCCCCCACCGUCAUCUUUGGUUCAGAUGGAAAACGCGGCGGCGGCGGCCGGCAAAGCGCCCGGCGCCUCCUCCCACAACGGCGCUCUGGAGCGCGGCGACGUCUCAUCCUUACGGCAGCCGGGCUCCUCGAUGGCCCGGUCAUCGGCAUCGCUGUGUCAUUCCCACUCRCUCCUCCCCUCCACAGCCCCCCAGCCUCUGUCGCUAGUGACCAAGUCUAUAGAAUAGCAUUUUUUUUUUAGCUCUACUCACUCUUCAAUGCCCUGUUUCUGCUAUAUCUCACUUGCUGUCAGUUUCUCUUUAUGUUUCUGUGCCUACGAGGCUUUGAAAUUUUUAGUUGUUUUAUUAAAGUUCAUUGGUCAAUAUUUGACCCCUCGUUAUAAAAAAAAUUAAUUAUUAUAAAGAAAUGAUACAAGGAGCUGUAGUAUAGCUUUGUGAAUCUGCCAAAAUUUUUAAGACUUUUGUUUUGUCUUCUUUUGUAGUGUUAAACAGUGCAAACAAAACAAAAAUGUAUCUAGCUCAACUUCGAAAUGUUUAAAAGACGGAUAUAAAAAGAAAAAAAAAGGUAGAUUAUUCAGCGAGCCCUUUUUUCCCACCCUUGAAAGAGUUGGUUCUCCUUCUUUAUUUGUAUUAAAUACGAGCUUGCGAACCAAUCGUUCACCAUCCGUUCAGACUCUUGGAGGGCGUGAGGCUUGUGGCGACACCUCUGAGGAACAACUUUAAUUGUGAUGUUACUUGUUCUUGUUUAAAUGUACAGAAUAUCGGGGAGGGAGGGGAAUUAAUGUGUUAAAUAUGCAUUCUUCCACUGCGUUGUCUUCUUUUUAUUUUYGUUUGUUUCGUUUACCUUUUUGGGGUGGAGUCAGGCAAGUUUGGGUGGGCUCGAGGGAGGGUUGGGUGGGGAGGGUUCGAGGGUUAUAAAAUUCAAAAAUGUCACAACGCUAGGACCAGUAGUAUUUAUUGCUUUAGAGAUUGCUUGUCGUAUCUUGUAUGUGUCUCUUUUUGACCUUUUUUUUCCUCCUCUUGAUACAUUGUACAAAUAUUUUUUCUUAAGGUAAAAAAAAAAACUAUAUGAACGAUCCAUUUUUACAAAGGAGGUUUUGAAAAGCAAAACCUUUUGUUAUUAAUUUUGUUUUUCUUGCUGAAACACAUGGACUCCACUCAGUACCGUGUAGAUCUCAUAAACAGAAGUAUGCACAACUUCAUUUCAAAGAAAGUGUCUAAAAGCCAUUUUWCAAAAAAGAAAACUACAAAAAAACGAACAAAAAAGGAAAAGAAAAGAAAACUUGAAACCAGACAGUGGGUACCGUGUGUUCAGUAGUUGAGGAUGAAAAACGUCUCGAGCCCUUCGUUUUUUUAUUGCACAGUCGCAUUUCUCGGACUGUAGAUUCGUGUACAGAUUUUCCGUGCCAAAUUUUGUGCUAAUUUUUCCUCUGCCCCUCCCCCUCCCCCAUGAAACAUGCUGUAGGGAAUUUCUUUUCUGUUCUGUUGUCGUUUGUUUUUAUUUUCUUUUGAUACCAUUCUUUGCUGUGACGUUACAUAGAUUGCUAUGUAUGUAGUAUAAAUGUUGCUAUAACAAAUGUGUUUGGUAGCAAAUUGUCAAAUAUUAAAAUUAAUAAAAAGACGGACAUCAUACUGUAUAAACCCACAAGGGCCAAAUUAUGUAUAUUAGGAGGUUCAUAAAAAAACUUAUUAAAUACAAAAAAAUACACAAACUGCCACUUUUAAGUACACUACUACAUAUAGGUAGAAAAAAAUAGGCAUGUUGAUGUUGCAAGAGGCUGUACAAAAAAGCUACAAGAGAAUCAUCCACUCGGUGCCAUUGUAGUUGACAUGACGCGACUGUAACCUGUCGAUUUCUUCUCUGGUUUAUUAAGAUGCUAAUGAUAAAUAGUUUGAAUGUUUCCUUAACGGCUGUGAUGUUCCUGUUCUAUUUUAUGCUCUUAUCUUUUCGUUUGUUCGUUUCUCCUGUUGUUUUAAAUGGUUCUAAAACCAUGUUUUUGUAAUGAAUAAAUGUUUAUGCUGUACAGUCUCUGUAGCAUGCAGUUCUGUAUUAAUAAAAGCAACUUAGUAUGUGCA